CAAACAGCUCGGUUUUUCUCCCCUUUAUUUUAGUUCUUCGCUUCAGUAGGAGAGGGGAGCGAACGAUAGAACACAAGUCGCUUCUCUUGGCCGUCUACAGAAUAAGAGGCACCAACAACAACAACGACAACAAGAGCAGCAGCAGCAUGGCAACCUCCCUUCUUAACAACCUCUUGGGCAGCACUGCCGGCGAAUCGAACCAGAUCCCAUCGGUGGCGGCAGCGAUGACCGAGCAGGAACGAAACGAGGUCGUGGCGUUGCUCCGGUCCUCCAUCGAAUGCGUCACGAACGGAACCUGCGACCCCGUCCUGUACCAGGCCAUGGGAGCCCUCCAUCGAUACACGGCGGCCUGCGCGGGGCUUUCGCCGCCCCCAACGCAGAAGCCGGCGUUUGUCCUCCGAGAGGACUGCGGGCCACGCACCAACGAGAACGACAACCCAGACCAAGAAGACGCACUUGCAUACGGAUGGCUCGAAGAACUCUCCCCGGCUUCCCUCGAUUCCUACAAGCGGGCCGAGAAAGCAGCCUGGAACCCCGUCCUCGCGCUCUUGGUGCAGCGCGAGCCAACCGACGAACCGUGUUUGUGGAUCACCCGAGAGGUCGUCCCGACGGAGCGUCCGUACGAAACCGACGACGAAACCGACGACGAGGAAACCCCGCGCGGCAACGAGAACAGCCCGGAUCGCCGUGGCCCUGCCACCGAGCUGGAAACCCUCCACAAGAUUCCGCUGAAGCGGCGCCUGAAAUCCUGCCGGUACCAAAACUUUUACGGAGACCACCGAAUCAUUAUCUUUCUGAAACACGUCCUGAGGGACCAACAGAUUGUUCUGAAAUGUCCGUCGGCGAUAGCUGCGAAAUCCUGGAUCGAUUGUCUGGUCCAGACAAAGAAACAAAAACUAGCACCGGGAAGCGACGACGCAACCCACGACAACAUCGAACUGGAAAUGAUCGAGGCUUCCCUGUCCAAUCUGCCAUCUGUGAGCAGCACCGAGGGCGACGACAACGACGGGAACCACCGUGGCAGAGACCGCGGUCGCACCCGGAUCAUCAACGUCAUCGAUUCGCUCGACGAGGCCGACGGGGACUACUAUCUGUCCGGAGACGCCCCCGCCGAGGCGACCGGCAGUCCCGCCCGAGCGAAAAAGCCGCUCGCCGAACAGCUCCAGGAGGCGGAGGAUCGAAAGCGCGCCCAGCAACUCGCCGAUCGAAACGAGGAGCGAAAACAGCGGAUGGAGCUGGAAGCGAUGCGGCUCCGGGAACGACAGGCGGAGGAAACGAAGGAAUCCGAGCGUAAGCAAGCCCUGGCACGCGAGCAAGCCGAACGCGAGAAGGUGGCCGGAGAACGGCGCGAGCAGGAGCGGGUGGCGGCCCUCGAGCGAGAACGGCUGCAAGCGCAACAACGUAAGCUCGAAGAAGAGCGGCUGGUGGCGAUCGAAAAGGGGGUGGAGAAGAUCGUGAAGAUCGAAACGCAAAAACUGGAGGAGCGCAAGCAACAGGAGGAAGCACCAAAGGAGCCCCCAAAGCCAAAAGCCCCCGUCACCGCCGCAGAGAAACAGAGACUGCGGAUGGAACGAGAGAUUGCGGCCCGAAAACGAGCCGAAGCCGACCGCCGGCGCAUCGAGAUCGAGUACGAGCAGGCCAAGAAGGAACGGGCCGAGCAGCGCCGAAGGGACCUCGAGGAGCAACGUAAAAAAGCCCGGGAAGAGCAACGAAAAAAAGAUCUCCUGAAAAAGAAAAAGUUUCUGGAGUCGGAGCAACGAAAGGAGGCCAUGAAAGCAUCGGCGAUGAAACCCCCUCCCAAAAAGGCCUCUGCCGGGAUUUUCUCCGCUGCUGCCACUAGUGCUACCGCUGUUUCUAGUGGCGCGGUGGCCACUCCGUCGAAUCCCAACAAAGUUGAUGCUGCGCACCCCAAUGGAAAGAAGGACGAAAAGGGAAAUUUGUGGUUUAGCCUUGGUCAGCAGAUGUCAGCAUUUGAGGCCGCCGACGAAGAACGGAAACGACAGGAGGCGGAAAAGCAAAAGAGAGAAGAAGACAAAGAGGAAAAGAAGGAAGAAGAUCCAGAACAAGUACGGAUGAGGAUUGCGGAAGAGGCACGCCAACGCUUGGUCCAGGAUGAGGCAAAAAAGAUUGCGACUGAAACCGAGGCAGCAAAGCUCGCCGCUUUUCGUCAGCAACAAGAACUCCAGCGAAAGGCAUGGGCAUCUAAAGGUGGUACAGCUCCGAUUGGCUCCAACUCCCCUACCACAAAUUACAACCAGAACCAGUCGAGGAGUCAUCGCUCUCUCUCUCCGAAUACCGCGCCGUAUCAACACCAUCCACAGCAACAACCUAGUCAGAGUUCCAGCCCUACCCCUCCGUAUCCUGCAUCGCACAACGCAAGCAGACAACCCUGGAACCAGAUGCAGAACCCAUCAUAUCCACCCCAGCAACCCCAGUUCCAACACCCACAACAAAGUGGUGUCGCAGCGGGAUCUUCCUUACCGGGAUACCAUCAGCCACCGCAACAUCCACCCAGUCAACGACCACCCGGAUCCUUCAGCAAUGCGAUGCCUUCCCAUCCAAACCAUCCACAAACACAAACGCACUCACAAACACACACUGCACAAGAACCAACAGCUCCUCGUUCCACACAUCGGCAAUCGCCACCUCCCCCGCGGCCACAACCGACAAACGGUGAAUCGACGGAAUCUACACUGAAGAGGAGUGUUCUCGUUACGUGGGGUCUGCAGCCGCCAGCGAUGCAAGUUCUGAAACCGGUCAGUCAACUGAUAUGCAGCAUUCACACGGUCUUUCCACCCGCUUUUGGAAUGGCAGCCCACGAGUAUUUCCGGGGCUGGAAACCCGUCGCCGCCUCGGAGGUAGAAGAGCCAAAGCUAAAAAAGACAGUCCGAAAGAUCCGCUUCUUUUUGCAUCCCGACAAACUUCCCCACGACCUCACAGAGGAACAACAAUUUUUGUGCAAGCUUCUGUGGGACGUCAUCAACGACGCAUUCGAGGAGCACAAAAAGUCGAAAGAAGACCUUGACUGGAUGUGAUUCGGUAGAAUUCUGUGCUUUAGGAUUAGUUCAUAGAAUACUUUGCUGAAAAUGAAGCCCGAAAACUUUUCAGAACCUGUAACUUGAAUAUGUCUACCAAUAGAUUGGCUUGUAUUUC